AUGGAACUUAGACCUUACCUACCGCCUGAUGGGGUCGGGUCAAACGAUGUUCAUACAGGUACGGGUGUAGGUAUGGGUUAUGAAUACGGGGGAUUGCCUCCUAUCGUAGCGAUAGUCAGACCAGAGGAUGUGAUGAAGGCUCCUAAUCCUAGUAAUUCGGAGAGCAUACAUGGUAGUUCUGGUUCUGGCAGUGGAAAGGGUACUUCCUCUGCAUAUAACACAUCCAUACAAUCGUUUCCUUCUCCUUCCGUCCCCCCACGUCAAGCUAUAAACCCUCCUACGAACAGUGGACACCGCAGCGGUACCAUCCAUCCUACUUCUUCCGGAAGCAGUAACCCCCCUGUACCUACCUCUUUCCCACAGCGAUCAUCUAAUAAUAACAAUAUUGCCAGUCCAGCUUGGUCAUCCCCUAUACCUCCCAAUGCCAACGUUCCAUCUCACGUGAGCAGCACCGAACUCUCAUCCAAUCGACCUCUAUUCUCUUCUACCCAGGGAUCAGCUAUCCCACCGCCAAUCACACCUGAUGCUCAUCCACGUCCAUCGGUCAUUAAGACAUAUGGGAAAGCAGCGAGCUCCGGACAUACACCAUCACCAGAGAAGAAUCUCAUCGUACUAUCCUGUCCACCGGUCAGAGGCGGAAGUAUGUCUCCAACGAAAAAACGUAAGAAUAUCGUACUUUCUGAUGAUUCGGACGAAGAGGAAGAACCGAUAGAGUUCCGAACGCUCUUACCCAUUCAUCCUUCCAAGGGACCAACACCGAAAUCAAGAGUCGAAGUGAUUUUACCGACAUCAAGACCUUCUUCAGCUUCAGCUAAUAAAACGCACGACACGCGUCCAUCUUCCAAUCAGGAGAGUGGGAGACAUCAUUCACCCGAUCCAUUGGAUAGUCUGAACGGGAGUGGUCAGAGCCCCAUGAAAGGGAUCAACCAACCUUCUUCGUCUGCUAUUUCUGCUAUGACCAAUGGAAGUUCAAGGAGGGUAUCGAGUAGGGUAGCGGAGAAUAAAGCAAAGGAAUUGGCUGAGAAGGAAGAAAGGAGGAGGAAAAGGAGGGAAGAGAAGGAGAAGAAGAGAUUGGAGGAGGAGGUCAAAGACAAUAAGGGCAAAUCAAAGUCGCCUGUCAAAGACAAAUCACCCAUGAAAGAUGAAGAUAAAAGUUUAAUAUCGGAAAAGGGAUCGAUGGUAGAACCUAUCGAGAUUGAAGAAUCGUUAGAGAUGGAGGUGCAAAUAGAUAAUCCACCACGACCACCUGCAAAAUCGGACCCAAUCGAGACAAGAGGGAAGAAAAGAAAAUCUGAUGUGGAAAUACCGAUCAUUGAUCAGAAUGAUCAAGAUGAAGAUUUUAAUCCGUCAAGUAGUAGGAAGGGUAAAAAAGCAAAGAAAGGGAAAAAGGAACCGGUUAAGAAAGGAAAAGCUGCUCAGAAAAAGGUCGUCGAACCUGAACCUGAGCCAGAGCAAGAGCCCGAGCCAGAGAAGAUCGUAGAAACUACAGAUCAAAACAUGGAGGAGGAUCCGGCGGAAGAAGAGAAAGGAGAAGAACCGGAAAACCCUCCUAAAUCACCUACUCCCCCUCCUCCACCACCGACAAAGUCCGUUUCUCCCGCUCGACCACCCCUACGAGCUGCGUCAAGUAACGUCUCGACCCCCUCAGCCUCGUCGAUCAAUCAUCGUCCGUCCCCUGGACCGAUCACAAAAGAUGGAACACCCUCUGCACCAGGUGGGAUCAGGUGGAAAGCUCCUCGCAAUGAUCUUACAUCUGUCUUAGCGAAAUUCGGAGGAGCCAAACGAUCUGGUCUAACUAAAAAACUAAGGAUCGCACCAUUACAUCAAAAGAUCGGACCACCUGCUAAAGCUCUUCCGCCCGUUCCUAAGAAAGCGGAAAAGAAGAAAAGUGCCUCAGAUGAUGAAGACGAUGAAGAUGACGAAGAUGAGGAUGGACAGAAGAAGGUUGGGAAAGGGACGAUGGAAUGGUUCAUGGUUGAAGAUUGA